CCUCACUACCCCGGGCCUGACGGUCUCUACUGAGUCUAUAUCCGCGCGCCCGCCGAACCACCCGCAGCAAAUUCAGACGUCUCCGAGAGCGGCGUAGGGCGCCUCCCUUAUUGUUUUAAAGUCGCCGUGAAGCCGAGUCCUGAAUUCCGACCGUUGAGACGCUCCGUUUCGCACCCCUUUGCUGCUUAAAACCAUUUACUGACCUCACUGACCCCUCUGCCUUUCCUGCAGCGCAUAAAAUUCUCUUCGGCGAGGUGGUUUAUUCGCUCCGCGCUCCGCAGCCUCGCCCUCUCGGCCCCUGGAGGCCGCGCCCUCUCCCCGGUCCUGGGAUUCUGGAGAGCCCGCCCCGCUCCUGAGACCCCCUCCUCCCAGCCCCUGUCCUCACGUCUCCUCAGGCGGGUCCUACUGCCCCUCAGGCCUUGCCUUCAUAGUGACCGUUCCGCUGACACCGUGUGGGGACCUCUGAAGACUUGUGUUGCCUGAGGAAGCCCUGAAGUUGAGGAAGAGGAAAGAACAGGAGUCAGGCAUGGCUCUUUCUCAGGAACAACUAACCUCUGAGGAUGUGGCCAUUGAAUUCACUCAGGAGGAGUGGGAAUUCCUGGACCCUGCUCAGAGGGCCUUGUACGGGGAUGUGAUGCUGGAGACCUACAGGAACCUGCUGUCUGUGGAUAUCUCUCCUACACAUGUGAUCAAGCAUUUACAACCCAAAGUGAACAGUGAUAAACGAGAGCCACUCCAAACAUUGAUGCUGGGAAGACCUGGAAGCUAUGAAAUCAAACAUUUUCAUCUUUGGGAAACUCAGGAAAAUAUGUGUGACUUUGAGUGUCAGGGGAGAGAUGACAAAAGAAAUUACAAAGGAACACCUGUAAGCCUUGAUGGAAAUGUGCCUGAUGGAAGAGAUUCACAUGAUAGAAAGGAUGCAGGAAUCACGCUCUUUGGAAACAGGCUUGGGUUUAACUUUCAGGAUAAACUGCAGAUACUUCAAAUUGGUGGGAUAACUUCUGAAUAUAACGAACUUGAGAGGUCUGUCAACAACAGUUUGUCAUUUUCACCACUUCAAAGAAGUCCUCCUUGUGUCCAAACCAGUGUUUCUAAUAUAUAUGGGGAUGAUUUUAUGAAUCCUUCAGUAAUAACACAAGACCUCAAAGCACACAGGGAAAAACCUUACAAAUGUGAUGAGUGUGGGAAAGCCUGUCUUAAGGGCUCAUGCCUCAUUAAACAUCAGGCCAUCCAUAUAAGAGAGAAAUCACAUAAAUGUGAAGUAUGUGACAGAUUGUUUGAUCAAAGUUCACAGCUUGCACGUCAUUUGAAAAUUCAUUCUGAAGUGAAAUGUUACAAAUGUAAUGAGUGUGGCAAAACCUUUAAUGAUAGCUCCACCCUUGCUAGACAUCAGAUAAUCCACUCAGGAGCAAACUUACAUAAGUGUGAUGUAUGUGAUAAAAUCUUUGGUCAGAAUUCAUUCCUUGUAAGUCAUCGGACUAUCCCUGCAAGAAAGAGAAGUUGCCAAUGUAAUGAGUGCGGCAAAACCUUUGCUGACAGCUCAAAGCUCAGGAGACAUCAGAAAAUUCAUACAGGAGAGAAAUUAUUUAAAUGUGAUAUAUGUGACAAAGUCUUCAGCCAAAAUGCAUACCUUGCUGUUCAUCAGAGGGUUCAUACUGGAGAGAAACCUUACAAAUGUAAUGUGUGUGGCAAGCACUAUAGUCACUCUUCACAGUUCAGAAGGCAUAAGAGAUUUCAUACUGGAGAGAGACCUUACAAAUGUGAUGAGUGUGGAAAGACCUUUCGUGUAAAGUCAGUCCUUUUAAGGCAUCAGACCGUUCAUACUGGAGAGAAACCUUACAAUUGUGAUGAGUGUGGUAAGGCCUUUCGUGUAAAGUCAAUCCUUUUAAGGCAUCAGACACUUCAUACUGGUGAGAAACCUUACAAAUGUGAUGAGUGUGGGAAGGCCUUUACUGAUAGCUCAAACCUCAAGAAACAUCAGAAAAUUCAUACAAGAAAGAAAUUAUUUAAAGGUGGUACGUCUGACAAAGUCUUCAGUGAAAAUGCACACCUUGCUGGUCAUCAGAGGGAUCAUACUGGAGAGAAACCUUACAAAUGUGAUGAGUGUGGCAAGCACUUUAGUCUACCUUCACAGUUGAUAAGUCAUAAGAGAUUUCAUACUGCCGAGAAACCUUACAAAUGUGAUGAGUGUGGCAAGGCCUUUCGUGUAAAGUCAGUCCUUUUAACUCAUCAGACAGUUCAUACUGGUGAGAAACCUUACAAAUGUGAUGAGUGUGGCAAGGCUUUUCGUGUAAAGUCAGUCCUUUUAAGUCAUCAGACAGUUCAUACUGGUGUGAAACCUUACAAAUGUGAUGAGUGUAGCAAGGCUUUUCGUGUAAAGUCAGUCCUUUUAAGUCAUCAGACAGUUCAUACUGGUGAGAAACCUUACAGAUGUGAUGAGUGUGGCAAGACCUUUACUUCCAGCUCACACCUCAGGAGACAUGAGAAAAUUCAUACAGGAAAGAAAUCAUUUAAAUGUGAUAUAUGUGACAAAGUCUUCAGCCGAAAUGAAUACCUUGCUGGUCAUCAGAGGGUUCAUACAGGAGAGAAACCUUACAAAUGUGAUGAGUGUGGCAAGCACUUUAGUCAGCCUUCACAAAUUAUCAGUCAUAAGAGAUUUCAUACUGGAGAGAAACCUUACAAAUGUGAUGAGUGUGGCAAAGCCUUUCGUGUAAAGUCAACCCUUUUAAGUCAUCAGACAGUUCAUACUGGUGAGAAACCUUACAAAUGUGAUGAGUGUGGAAAAGUCUUCGGUCAAAAACCACAUCUUCGCCUUCAUUGGAGAAUUCAUACUGGAGAGAGACCUUACAGAUGUGAUGAGUGUGGCAAGUUCUUCAGUCGAAAUUCACACCUUACAAGUCAUCGGAGAAUACAUAUAGAGAAACCUUUCAAAUGUUUCGAGUGUGGAAAAUCCUUUACUCAGGUCUCAGCACUCUCUAAACAUCAGAAAAUCCAUACAUGAGAGAAACUUAUGUGAAUGUGGUAUAUGGUAGAAGUCUUCAAAAUUCAAAGUUCAAACUUCACACCCUACUGUUGGUCAGAGAAUUCAUACUACUGAAGAACCAUACAAAUGUGAUGAGUGUGGCAACCUCUUAGGCUUCAUGAGAAAAUUCAUACUGGAUAGAAGCCAGAUAUAUAUGUAUUUAUUAGUCAGGUCUUUAGAACAUGAAUUCAUUCUAGAAAGAUUCCUCACCAGUUUCACAAAUGUGGAGAAAAAAAAAAACCCCUGUCCUCACAGCUCACAUCUUGCCAGUAGUAUCAGAGUAUUUAUCCUGUAGAAAACACACAGCAAUGUAAUGUGUGUGACAAGGAUCUUAUCCAAAAGUCACAAGAUAGGAACAUAAUGGAGCCAUACUUCCCAGACUCAGUGGUUGUGGCAAAUCUUUACCUUUUUCACUUUAUCUAUUCUCUGAUGACUUUAGUUCAGGUAGUCAGCAACUGUAAUAAGUCCAUAUUUGAAGAGAAGCUAUAGAGAUCUUUUUGUGUAAAAGAAACCCAAAUUUUAACUCCACAAAGAUGAUUCUUUGGGACAGUAAUCCAGCAUCUUUUUGGUCUCCUGGCUUUCUGAAUAAAGUCAAUAUUCCCUGCCCAACAA